AGUCUUAGUCUUCAGUCUUCACAGUUGCAUUUCUUGCAGAAAAGGUUUCCUCCUAACUGUUGGAAAAUUCCAAUUCAUGGGCUUUAACUUUGCUUUCUUUCCAAGCUAACAGAAUUUUCAACUUCGUCGCUUUCUUAUAUUAUGUUGAGUUCUAGCUAACUUGUCCAUGGAAGUUCCAAUAGAGGAGAAACCAUUUCCAGCAUGGUCAUGGUCUGUUGAGGAGUGUUUGAAAGAGUAUGGAGUGAAACUCGAAAGGGGUCUGAGCACUUCCGAGGUUCAGAGGAGGCGCGAAAAGUAUGGUUGGAAUGAGUUAGCAAAGGAGAAAGGGAAGCCAUUAUGGCAAUUGGUAUUAGAACAAUUCGAUGACUUACUGGUAAAGAUACUUUUGAUUGCAGCAUUCAUAUCAUUUAUCUUAGCUUACUUUCAUGGAGGCGAAACGGGGGAAUCUGGAUUCGAAGCUUAUGUGGAACCACUUGUAAUCAUUUUGAUUCUAGUCCUUAAUGCCAUUGUUGGAGUUUGGCAAGAGAAUAAUGCUGAAAAGGCUCUUGAAGCUCUUAAGGAGUUGCAAUGUGAAUCUGGAAAGGUGUUAAGGGAUGGAAAUUUUGUGCCGGAUUUGCCUGCAAGAGAGCUAGUUCCCGGUGAUAUUGUGGAGUUGCGCGUCGGAGAUAAGGUCCCUGCUGACAUGAGAGUUGCAGCCUUGAAAACUUCAACUUUGCGAGCCGAGCAAAGCUCGCUAACCGGAGAAGCAAUGCCAGUUCUCAAAGGAACAAGUCCUGUUUUCUUGGAUGAUUGUGAGUUGCAGGCCAAGGAGAAUAUGGUCUUUGCAGGAACCACAGUUGUCAAUGGGAGUUGUGUUUGUAUUGUUAUCACCACUGGAAUGAACACCGAAAUUGGGAAGAUACAGAAGCAGAUACAUGAGGCUUCUCUGGAGGAAAGUGACACUCCUUUGAAGAAGAAAUUAGAUGAAUUUGGUAAUAGGCUCACCACUGCAAUUGGUAUAGUUUGUCUUGUUGUUUGGAUCAUAAACUACAAGAAUUUCCUUUCUUGGGAUGUUGUUGAUGGAUUUCCCUCAAACAUCAAAUUUUCCUUCCAGAAGUGCACAUACUAUUUCAAAAUCGCCGUUGCACUCGCAGUGGCUGCAAUACCAGAAGGUCUGCCUGCUGUUAUCACAACUUGUUUAGCACUUGGUACAAGGAAAAUGGCACAAAAGAAUGCAAUUGUUAGAAAGCUUCCAAGUGUAGAAACUUUGGGAUGUACUACUGUGAUUUGCUCGGAUAAAACUGGUACUCUUACGACGAAUCAAAUGUCUGUGACAGAGUUCUUUACUUUAGGAGGGAGAACCAAUGCUUCUCGAGUCAUUCGCGUGGAAGGCACAACUUAUGAUCCAAAAGAUGGGGGAAUUAUUGACUGGACUUGCUUUAACAUGGAUGCCAACCUUCAAGCCAUGGCUGAAAUAUGUGCAGUUUGUAAUGAUGCUGGAAUUUAUUUCGAUGGGCGCCUUUUUCGCGCCACAGGCUUGCCUACUGAAGCAGCACUAAAAGUCUUGGUUGAAAAGAUGGGAGUUCCAGAUACAAAGUCAAAAAACAAGAUUACUAAUUCACAAAACAACAUGGUUGAAUCCAACAGUACUGUGAAGUUAGGUUGUUGUGACUGGUGGAAUAGAAGAUCCAAGAGGGUAGCAACAUUGGAGUUUGAUCGCGUUCGGAAGUCAAUGAGUGUCAUUGUUCGCGAACCGGAUGGUGAAAAUAGGCUUCUUGUAAAGGGUGCUGUUGAGAGUUUACUGGAGAGAAGCUCACAUGUGCAACUAGCUGAUGGAUCUCUGGUUCCAAUAGAUGAGCAAUGCAGGGAAUUGCUUCUACAUAGACUCAUGGAGAUGAGUUCGAAGGGAUUGCGCUGCUUGGGAUUUGCGUACAAGGAUGAGUUAGGAGAGUUUUCGGACUACUAUGCAGAUACUCAUCCUUCUCAUAACAAAUUGCUUGAUCCAGCAUGCUACUCAGCCAUUGAAAGUGAUCUAGUUUUUGUUGGUGUUGUUGGUCUAAGAGACCCUCCACGCGAGGAAGUUCAUAAAGCAAUUGAGGAUUGUAAGGAAGCUGGGAUAAGAGUUAUGGUGAUAACUGGUGAUAACAAGUCAACAGCAGAGGCUAUUUGCAGAGAAAUCAGUUUGUUCUCCAAAGAUGAGGACCUUAAAGGACAAAGCCUAACAGGUAAAGAAUUCAUGUCGCUUCCUCCUUCAGAACAAGUUAAGAUGCUGCUGAGACCUGGAGGCAAGGUCUUUUCGCGAGCCGAGCCAAGACACAAGCAAGAAAUUGUGAGGUUGCUGAAGGACAUGGGGGAGAUAGUUGCAAUGACCGGAGAUGGAGUGAACGAUGCGCCGGCACUCAAGCUUGCUGAUAUUGGCAUUGCCAUGGGAAUAACUGGGACAGAGGUUGCUAAAGAAGCUUCAGAUAUGGUGCUAGCAGAUGACAAUUUUAGUACAAUUGUCACGGCCGUAGCAGAAGGCCGCGCAAUUUACAAUAACAUGAAAUCAUUCAUCAGGUACAUGAUAUCCUCAAACGUUGGAGAAGUUAUUUCAAUAUUCUUGACUGCUGCUCUUGGGAUCCCAGAAUGCAUGAUACCAGUGCAGCUCCUGUGGGUGAACUUGGUCACUGAUGGUCCACCUGCCACAGCUCUUGGUUUCAACCCUGCUGAUGUUGAUAUCAUGCGCAAGCCGCCUCGGAAAAGCAAUGAUUCUCUCAUAAGUUCUUGGGUUCUUGUCCGCUAUCUUGUUAUUGGCUCUUAUGUGGGAAUUGCUACAGUUGGAAUUUUUGUCUUGUGGUACACUCAAGCUUCUUUUCUAGGCAUCAAUCUUGUUGGUGAUGGCCAUACAAUCAUAGAACUCUCCCAGCUUCUCAACUGGGGAGAGUGCCAUUCGUGGCCUAACUUCACGGCCACGCCAUUCACAGUCAGUGGCGGCCGAGCAAUAACAUUCUCAAAUCCAUGUGACUACUUCUCUGUUGGCAAAGUGAAGGCUAUGACUUUGUCCCUCUCUGUAUUGGUUGCAAUUGAGAUGUUCAAUUCCCUAAAUGCCCUCUCAGAAGAGAAUAGCUUGAGAAAGAUUCCACCUUGGAGGAACCCUUGGCUUAUGGUAGCAAUGUCAAUAUCAUUUGGACUCCAUUGCCUCAUACUCUAUACUCCAUUCCUUGCUAAUGUGUUUGGUGUUGUUCCACUUAGCUUGAAUGAGUGGUUUUUGGUGAUUCUUAUAUCAGCACCUGUUAUUCUCAUUGAUGAGAUUCUUAAAUUGGUGGCUAGGAAUCAAAGGAAGGUGAAAAAGGAGAAAGUAGCAUGAUCAAGCCAAAUUCUUUGAUAGAUUUUUAUUCUUUUGUCUUUUAGGAAAGUUAUUACAGUUCAUUAAUUUUAUGUAAAGGAAUUUGUCACUUUAAAUGUUCAUCAUACAAAGUUUAUCUUA